UUCUGUGGGUUUGGCGCGGUGACCUCAACCACGCAGCUAUCCGUGUAGACAGUCAGAUUCGACUCUGGAGAGGUACAUUAUUUUUUGGACUUACAAAUAUCAAAUAAUAAAAUGUUAAGUUUACUUAAUUACGUUCACUGGUGUCAGGAGCACCGUUCCACUCAAAGCGAGCGACAAGCUUUUGUUCACAGCCUGACUUAUAGGUAGACAAAGUAAUUUAAAAUUUGAAGACAGAAAAAAUAAAAAAAUAUAGCAGAUAUGUGCAUUUCAUUUAAUCGGAUUUUCACAAAUCGGACAAUAUGAUGCGGGGCCAUUUCUUCUCCUCUCUACCUGAUGCAACGAUUAUUUAAUACGAUACCUGGUGUGGUCAGGAUGUGGAGAGCAGAGAAACAGGUGCUGAGGCGACAUUUAGGGAAACCUUAUAUCCAGCAGAAGACCUCUAUAGGCAGACUUGAUUGAAUCCAGACUGAGUUUAACAGUCACCGGCAAUAUGUACCGGUAAUACCCGUGACGGCCCUUACUACUGGAUCACCAAGACCUGUCCCUAGCUCACGUACAGUCGUGACGUCAAAUGAUCAGCGCUCUUUAUCACCUUUUUCAAUCACACUUUAUAACCGUGACUUUAGCGUCAGUCACACCAGCAUUACACGAUGUUUUGCUUCAUUAUUUUAGUUUACAGCACUCACAUAGACGGACAUGUUUCAUUGAUAUAUCGGCUUCUGUUGUGGAUCUGUUGUCGCGAUGUUGUGUCACAUCUGUUUCGCGUUGCGAGUGAUCAGUGCUUGUGUUGUGUUUCGCUUUGUUAGCGGCAACGUGACCUACACAGGUAUCUUGAGCCCUGACUGCGUGACUCAGUACCACCGUAUCUACGUGAGUCGCCGAGUCCCUCCCAGGACGUACCUGUACUUCCACGAGGCGCUGUCCUCAGACCAGCUCGCCGAGGACCGGGAGGACAACCGGGAUGAGAACCUGUCUGUUGAUGUUCAGUAUAGGAUAGUAGGAGGGACGCAGGUGUCAAUCAAGGAGGUUCCGUAUCAGGUGUUGUACGGGCUGUACUGCGGCGGAACCCUCAUCGCUCCCGAAUGGGUAAUCACCGCGGCGCAUUGUAAAACAAGAGAAACCUUCGUCUUAGCAGGAUCUACCCAACGUAGCUUAGCGACGAAGUACAGCAUCUGCGCGCACUUCAUCCAUCCAUUAUGGAACACCACGAAUCUUCACUCCCACGACUUUGACUACCAGCUGGUGCUGCUGGAGGUGCCGGUCCCCAUUACGCCCAACUCCCGGCCCAUCGCCAUCGGGAAUAUUGAGGAUAUCAGGGAAGGAGAAUUUGUGGCAGUAAGCGGCUGGGGGCAUACGAAAUACAAGCAACGUGUGAUGCAAGACAUAGUGCGCCGCGUUCGUGUCCCAAUAAUGUCACGUGACAUGUGCCAGUCGCUGCCACUCAACAACUACAAGACUAUCACACCCAGAAUGUUCUGCGCCGGCUUCCUCAACGGUACCAAGGAUUCCUGUCAGGGUGAUUCAGGUGGCCCCGCAGUUCUGAACGGUAAGCUAUUAGGAUUGGUAUCAUUUGGCGUGGGAUGCGCGAUGAAGGAUCAGCCAGGAGUGUACAGCAACAUCCCGCUGGUGAGGGGGUGGAUACGGUACACCACGGGACUGCCGCUUUGAGUCAAUAAACUGGUCAUUAUUACGUGAUGUUCGUUUUAUUUACUUUUCACAUUUGGCUUGCUGACUGGAAGCCGACUCCUCCUGAUCGAUGAUCAGAAAUAAUAUGAGGUCUUAUUUCGAUUUCGUAUCACAUAAUUCAUGAAACAUAAAAUUUGAAUUUACACUUAGUAUGUGUAAUAUUUUAAGAUUCAGGCGAGAGAAUGUACCUAUUCUCUUCUUCAUCAAAUAAAUUGAUUUUACUUGAGAAAAUAAUGAAAGUUUAGUGCUA